GGGCCUUCCAGUUCAGAGCUACAGAAGAAUCUUUGAAUUCGAAGGCAAAGUACACGCAAGUUCUGCAACAUGUCUGUGCGAGUACUUUUGAUGGCUACAGUGCUCAGCCUCGUUUACGUUACAAGUAUCGAGACUCGCGAAGUACAACCCUUGUCUCCACCCAGCGAGAUCUACCCAUCUCGUCCAAACGCGGACAUGGACACGGAAUCCACCAAAGCCGUGGAACAAAAGCUGACGCACGAGCACAACCCCCAAGAGGAACGGAUCACGACAAGCAAAAACGCGAAUUCAUCUCCACCGCUAAUAGAAACAAUUUCGGUUAAGAGUAACGGAUCCAUGCAACCGGGAAUGAAGCACCCGAAAAAAAGAGCAACGUAUAACAAGGAUGAUCGCAAGGCAGAUUUGCGACCAGGCUGUUGUAAGUAAAAAAAAAAAAAAAAAGAAACAAGAAAAAGCAGCGGAUAAAGAUAUAUAACGAACGACUCUCAAACGAUGUAUCCUGUCUUGUAAAUAUUUCAAGACGUAUUUAAGCGCAAGUGGUAGAUAAUACUUAAGUGCAUGCGGUAGAUAUCGUUUCAUCUUUUCGGUUCCUUUUGCGAUGGGAUAGUAAACAGAAUAAAAUUAUUGGUUACCAUAUUAAGAUGAU